GCUCUAAUUUAUUGUGUACAGUGAUGCUGUCGUGCAGCACUUCACUUCCUUCUGGGAGACAGCGAAUACAAGGAACAGCUGCUUUUAGAACUACUACACACCUUUACCACAGAUUUCAAUCCAGAUCAGAUCAUCUCCUCUCUGAAGGUGCAGUGGGUUAAGGGUCAUCUAGGGACACCCAGAUCUUCAGUGUGAAGACAUGAGCUGCCACAAGGAACCUACACAGUUAUGUCCGUCCACAAGCAGCAGACGAGACUUGAACUGUCCGGUCUGUCUGCAGACGGCCAGAUUCCCAGUCCAGACCAACUGUGGCCAUUUGUUCUGUGCUCCCUGUCUGAUAGCCUACUGGAGACAUGGGCCGUGGUUGGAUGCAAUCAGCUGCCCUCUCUGCAGACAGAAGGUCAGCGUUCUGUGUCACCUGUUCAACGAGAGCCGAUCAGACCAGCGGUCAAAGGAGGUUCUUGGGGAAAUCAGCGACUACAACAAACGUUAUUCUGGAGCCCCACGAAAGGUGACGGACUACCUCUGCGAUGCUCCACUUCUUCUCCAGUUACUGGCUCGAGGUCUGGGCACCAUGGGAGGCCUGGUGUGGUUGUUCCUCUUCAGGGUGGCCUUGUGCUGUGUUGGGACUGUCGUGUCCAUCUCCUCCCCUCCUCUGGACCAGGUGUCUUCAUCAGACAGUCCUCUGGAAACAGACCCCUCCCUGUGUGGACUUCUGGGGGUCCUGGACGACCUGGUGGUGGUCUUCCUGCUCCUCACCUGCGUUAUUAACAUCAACCAGCAAAUGGCGCCAGAGAGAAGAGACUCUGCUCCGACCUCACAGGGAGUGAUGGGGAAUUCACUGUGAGACAGACGCAGCUGGAGAGCGUCAGUACAAGCUGUUCAGCAUGGACUUUUAUUGGAUUUCUCCCUUCUGGCUGUAGCUGGUUGGAUUAGCGGAUGCAAGAAUAUUGACAGCCACACAGCAUGUAACAGUCACGACGUCAGAUGGUGUCUGAGCUGCUCAGAACAUGGACUCAGACUCCAUGUCUGUUUGAUAAGUGUUUACAGAGCCUGUGUGAGAGCGAAAUCUGAAAUACAAAAGUUAUGCAGCGUGCUGGUUCAACGGCAGUUACAAAUCCUCCAGUCCUUGUGUCCUGAAGUGUUUGAGGCCUUUUUAAUCCUUGUUCCACAGGCAAAAUCCUCAGCGUCUGUUCACUUAAGGGGCAUUAUAUCAAUUGGAAUUGUAAAUUGAUCCAGUGUAUUUCUAUAAUCCACAUGUUAGCAUCAUACCCCCAAAAAGUGAUCAAAUUGUCAUUUUUACUCCUCUAAGUGGGCAGCAACUUUGUUUCAGUGAGCUAAAGAAUAGCUGUCACAUUAGUACUGUAAUGUUGACAUACCUGUAAAUACUUGUUAUUUGUAUGAAUUUAUGUUUUUAUGUAUAAAAUAAAGAAUAUUUAUUGGCUCUCCUUUA